GACGUCUUGUGGUCGGUUUAAAUGCAAUGAAGUUGAUCUCUCGCUGGGGCUCAGGCUGUCAUCGCGAUACCGGCUGAUCUCGCGAGAUCUGGCGUUCACUUUGUAAGGAUAAAAAGCAACAUGGCGGACCGGCUCACGCAGCUCCAGGACGCUGUAAACUCGCUUGCAGAUCAGUUCUGCAAUGCCAUCGGCGUGCUGCAGCAAUGUGCCCCCCCCGCCUCGUUCAGCAACAUACAGACGGCCAUCAACAAGGAGCAGCCAGCCAACCCCACAGAAGAAUACGCCCAGCUGUUUGCAGCCCUGAUCGCCCGGACUGCCAAAGACCUGGACGUGCUCAUAGACUCUUUACCCAGUGAAGAGUCCACCGCUGCACUACAAGCGGCCAGCCUCCGUCAGCUGGAGGAGGAGAACCACGAGGCGGCGGUGCGGCUGGAGGAGGUGGUGAACCGGGGGGACGGCCUCCUGGAGAAGAUCCAGAGCGCCCUGGCCGACAUCGCCCAGUCCCAGCUCCGCACACGCAACGCCGCGCCAAGCCAGCCCUCGCCCACCCAGUCCUGA